UUAAACACCAAUCAAUUUAAAAAAUAAGGAAAAAAUGGGAAAGGUUAAAGAAAAACACAUGUCACUGUGCGCGGUUAUCACAACCGGCGUCUCUGGAAUGUAAGGGAAGUUCAGUCUGUUCCUCACAAGUCCCAGGCCUAUUUCUCAGGCCCUGGCUGAGGAUGCUGCAGGUCGGAUACUUGCUCUGCAGGGAUGCUGCAAGUCAGAUACUUGCUCUGGUGGUGGCCACACGCUCUCAGGGUUUAGGUGACAGGACCCUUCUUCCUAGUGUUGCCCCCGCCCCACUGGGGUUACGGGGACCCUCUAAGUCUGGCCUGCAAGGCCUCGUGACUGGGGGCAUCUCCCUGCACUGGGCCCACUGCCCAGGGUCCCCCUCGCUCUCCCCAGCUGCUCACUGCACUCAGCUCCAGACUGCUCCAGCCCCACUCUGCCUCAGCAUGGCUGCUGCUGCUACUGCUCUGCCUCCAGCUCCCUGGGGUGCUCCUCUGGCUCUGGUUGCUACAGCUCUGCUCCCAGUGCAGGUCUGCUCCCUAGGCUGCUUCUGUGACUCUGCUCCCAGCACUGACCUGCUUCCUGGGCUGCUUGUCUGGCCCCUCUGGUUCUGGUUGCUGCAGCUCUGCUCCUAGCAGCUUAGCUUGGGUCCCUGCUCUCUCCUUAGCUCAGCCCCACUCUGUCUGACCCAGGCAAUUCUGGCUCACACAGAGGACGGGACCUCCUGGCCUCCUGACUCCCUCAUUAGCCUGCCCUCCCUGUCAAUCAGGCGGACCUGGAGUAUUGGCCUCUCCCCUUGUUUCUGAGGACUGUCCGUAUCAGGGUCCUGAUUUCCGAUUGACCCUUCCCCUUACUUUUGGUACUGGGAGUUAGCCAUUCCCCCCUCCCCACCACACACACUGAAUUUUAGUAAGGGGCCCUACAGUCCCCUUACAUUUAGUGUCCACUUGGGUCACAUUUUCCAGGUUUUCUCUGCAAUCAGAAGUGCUAGAAAUAAAGAGAGGUUCUUAAUCCCAUGACUCCAACUGCUAGGUCUUUUAAGAAAAACGCCAAAUACCAUGAAGCUUGCAAUAAAACGUGCACCACGAAGUGCAAUUGGGUUUUGACGAUUAGUGUUGGUAGGAGCUCUUCCUGUUACUGUGAAGCUCUAUCAAGGACAGAUGCUUCAGGUGUUGAGCUCCUUCCUGCCUGACAUUUACACUCUGAGGACGCUUUCCUGUCAACGAGCAGUGAUUUGUUUGUAUUUGGGAAAAGGGAGGCUUCUUCAGCCGUGGGAGCAUGGCUAGGAGUCGGACCUCUGGAGCAGUCGGUACAAGCUGAGCAGGGCAGCAACACUCAGCUCCCCCUUGAAAGAGUUCAGGACGAACUCUGAGCCUAUUAAAUGUAGGCAGCGGGGGCUGGGUUUCUCUUGCUGGGCUGACGCUUCCCUAGGCUGCUCCGCCCGCCUCUGCCCUCCAAGUUUUGCUGGCAGUGGGGCGGGGAGAAGGGAGGAGCCGCUGGCGGAGAUCCGGCAGGGUUUCCUGGAGGGGGAGCUUUAGCGCCCGCUCUCGGGUAGUUGUGCUGCUCCCAGGUUUGUGAAACUUUGCAAAGUUCCCAGGCCGCCCGCGGGCAGGAGCGCCCCCAGCGCGGGCAUGGUGGGGCUGGCCGGCCGCGGCAAGUGGUGGGGCAGGCGGGGCCGGACCCCCCGGGGAGCAGGGGCGUUGCUGGCCCUGGGGCUGCUGGCGGCACUGGGUUUCCUGCUGUGGCGGCGCGUCCCCCCGGAGAGCGAUGCUGCGCGUCCUGCCCGCGGGGCCCCCCAGCCGCCACUGUCCGGGGACCCCGAGCGCCUGCGGAGACCCGUGUACGAGAAGCCGCCCCUGGAGCCUGGGGCGCUGGGCGAGCUGGGCCAGGCUGUGCGGCUGGAGCUGAGCCCGGCCGAGAAGAACCGCCAGGAGGAGAGUAUCCGGCAUCACCAGAUUAACAUCUACCUGAGCGACCGCAUCUCCCUACACCGCCGCCUGCCCGAGCGCUGGAACCCGCUGUGCAAAGAGAAGAAAUAUGAUUAUUAUAACCUGCCAAAAACCUCAGUUGUAAUAGCUUUUUAUAAUGAGGCUUGGUCAACACUUCUGCGAACAGUUCAUAGUGUUCUUGAGACAUCCCCAGAUAUUCUGCUGGAAGAAGUUAUCCUGGUGGAUGAUUAUAGUGACAAAGACCAUUUAAAGAAACCUUUGGAAAACUACGUGGCUGGUUUACGCAAGGUACGUCUUAUUCGUGCAAAUAAAAGAGAAGGACUGGUUCGAGCUCGACUUCUGGGAGCUUCUCUUGCGAAAGGGGAUGUUUUGACAUUUCUUGAUUGCCACUGUGAGUGUCAUGAAGGGUGGCUUGAACCACUACUGGAAAGAAUUGGGGAAGAUGAGUCAGCGGUUGUGUGUCCUGUGAUCGAUGUGAUUGAAUGGAAUACGUUCGAGUACUUGGGAAAUGCUGGGGAGCCACAGAUUGGAGGGUUUGACUGGAGACUGGUCUUCACUUGGCAUGUUAUCCCAGAGAGGGAGCAAAAACAAAGACGGUCCAAAACCGAUGUAAUCAGGUCUCCAACUAUGGCUGGUGGAUUGUUUGCUGUCAGCAAGAAAUAUUUUGACUAUCUUGGCUCCUAUGACACAGGAAUGGAAGUAUGGGGAGGAGAAAACCUUGAAUUCUCAUUUAGGAUCUGGCAGUGCGGAGGAAGUCUUGAGAUCCACCCAUGUUCUCAUGUAGGUCAUGUUUUCCCCAAACAAGCUCCCUACUCACGCGCCAAGGCCCUGGCUAACAGUGUACGUGCAGCAGAAGUUUGGAUGGACGAAUACAAAGAGCUUUAUUACCACCGAAAUCCACAUGCACGUAUGGAGCCCUAUGGAGAUGUGACAGAAAGGAGGCUGCUUCGAGAGAAGCUCAGAUGUAAAGACUUCAAAUGGUUCUUGGAGAAUAUUUACCCUGAACUUCAUGUACCUGAAGACAGAGCUGGCUUCUUUGGAAUGCUGAAAAAUAGAGGAAUGGCAAAUUACUGCUUUGAUUAUAAUCCUCCAAAUGAGCAUGAAGUAACAGGGCACAGAAUCAUAUUAUAUCCAUGCCACGGCAUGGGACAAAAUCAGUUUUUCGAAUAUACGUCUCAUAAUGAAAUACGUUACAACACCCGGCAGCCUGAAGCCUGUGCAGCAGUUGAUUCCGGGACUGACUAUUUGACAAUGUACUUGUGUCAAGACAAUGUUCAAAAUAUUCCUGAAAAUCAGAAAUUUGUUUUCAGAGAGGAUGGUACUUUGUUCCAUGUACAAACCCAGAAGUGCCUACAAGCCGAAUCUAACUCUUACAAUGGCAAUCCAGCACCAUUAUUGCGACCAUGUAGCAAUUCAGAAUACCAAAAAUGGUUCUUCAAAGAAAGAAGUUGAUCCAGAUGUCAUCAACUGUAUGGCAGAAUAUGAAAAUAUUAACUUUCUAGUCAGCAGCUAGGAAAUCUGUGGACAAAUUACAUAGCUGAUCUAUUUUUGUAUGAAAAGAGUUGUAACUUGUUUACAAGUUGUAAACCUUGUUUUCUGGAGCACUAAAAGACAUUAAGUGUUGAACUCUAUUGAACGAGCACUGUGAAUAUACUGUGCUGCAGAAAUCUCCUCUUCCACUGUUCUCUUUACUUGGCAGCUAUACUGUUUCUAAAAUGUUUUAUGUUUUUCAUACAUGACUAUAUUUUUUUAACCUACUGUGUGCAAGUAAGGAAGUGAAAGUAAUUGCACUAAAGCUAUCUGCCAGUAACUUUAAAAUCUUUAUUUUUCUAAAACAUUCUACAGUGGUAGCUUUUUAACAGAUAUUAGCUAAGGAUUCUUCUUUUAAAUUCCAAAAAUGUAAGUUUAGGUCAAAUUCUGCCCUGAGAUGUGAAAGUCAAGCAGAGCUCUCAUUGAAAUCAAUGUGGAGUCACACAUCUACAUCUCAAGCCAGACUAGGUCCUCAUAAUUUUGCACAAAUAACACUCCAGAUUGCACAUAUUUUACUGAAUGUUAUAACAUUUUAAAUGUUCAUGGUACUUGACAGAUUCCUAAUAAAGCUGCUUAAGGUUAUCUUUGGAGUAAAAUUAGUGAUUAUUUACUGAUCUUUCGUUAGUGUAAGAAAUAAAGCACCAAUAUUAAAAAUAAAUUUGUGGGGAAAAAUUAAAUUCAUAUGGGGCCCAAUCUUAGAAGUGUAUAGUAUGUACUUCAAAUGGAAGUUCUGCAUGCACAAAUCGUUCAAGAUCUCACUCAUAGACACUAAAGCUGUAAUUCAAAGUUCAGUUUUUAAGCAAAUACAUUUAAAAAUGGAUAACUUCAGUUUCAUUGCUACUGUUAAUGCACUCCUUUUCUACAAAAAUCAUUGAAACAAAAAUUGUUUUGUAAUAAUUUUAAGUGAUAAGAUUGUAAUUGAUGCUAAUCUAAACAUUUGUCUUCAUGAUUGUAAUUGUUUUCUAAGAAUUUUGAUUAUGAAUAACAAGCUGUUCAAUUCAUCAUGUACAUUCCUACUGAAGUCUGGAUAUAUUUAAUUAGCAUCUAUACAAGAUGAUGUUUGCUUAGAGCAUAGGAAUUGCCAUACUAAAUCAGACAAGUUAUCAUAGUCCAGUAGUUUGUCUUUGACAGUGGUCAGCAACAGAUGCUUCAGCCCAUAGAGCAAGUUUCUUCCUUAUCACUGUCAGAGGUCCACUUAUGUGCUAAAGCAUGAGUGUUUAUAUCUCCUCCAGAAUACUUAUUCUUUUAUCCUUACUUUUGUAAUUGUGGACGUUCUUGUUAUCCAUAUAAGCAUCCAUACCUUUUCUGAAUCCUGGUGAACUCAUGUCAUAUUUACAUACUUAUUUCAUGAUUGUGGGGGACUGUGUGCCUUUAGAGAAUAUGUAUGUAGGUUCUUCCAAGAUUGUUGCAAAACUAAUGUUUUUAUAAGCACCUUUACAAUUCUGUCUCUGUGGAUUUGGUUGAUGAAACUGAUAUUGGAUCUAAUAAAAUAAUUUGUGAAUUAAUA